CGAUAAAUGAAGGUCUUGGUUUGUUUGUUGUUGUUGUGAAUGUAAUCUUCAUUUUUACUAAUUUAUAGUGAUCCUGAUCUGUGAUCUUCAUUUGUCGUCUGUGGUUGCUCUUGCUUAAAAAUCAAUAAAAUCAGAAUUCACUCAGAAUUAUUUUUAAAAUUAAUUGGGAAUAAAAUCAAUAAAAUAAUAAAUAAAAAUAUCAAUAUGAACAUAACUAUAAAACAGCUACAGGGAGGCGAAUGCUCCAUAGAAGUGACUCCCACUACCAAAAUACUCGAUAUCAAGCAUCAAAUCGCUAUUAAAUUAAGGAUUCCCGUUGAAGAGCAGAAAUUGUUACUUUUAGGCAGAGCUUUGACUGACGACCACUAUGUUGAGUCCUACCCAUCAAUAAAAAACGGCACGAAGCUAAAUUUAGUGGUAAAGAAGCCUGAUGGCUUAUUAGAGGUGGCUACGAGGUACUUUAAAAAGACUGGCAUUUCAGAGACUGAAGCUAGGGUUAAAGCAAAUGCCUUUAUAAAAGUACUGGAGGAGAACUUUAAUAAGUUAUCUUGGGAUGAUAUAGAGAGGCUUUCAUUGGAUUGCAUGCAAGAUGAAGGACUACAGCCAUCUGACAAGGAAAACGAAAAUGAAACAGAUUGUGAUGAUGCGUUUGGAUUGUGACCGAAAACUCCUAAUCCUAUAUUGGAACUGUUAGAUCGUCUUGAAAAAAUUUAAAACUCAUUCAAAUAACACUGUAGUCCCUGUACCCAUUCACAAGUGAAGCAUAAUAUAUUAUGUAGUAUAACUUAAAUGUUCUAGAAAUUGUGUAGAAUACUGGAAUAGAAGUUAGCGUUUAUUCACUGAAGAAUUAUUUUUAAACUAAUGAACUACUAUAACUAAUAAUUAUAAACAGUUACUGUUGAAGUGUAGUAGUUUAGAGUUAAUUAAUACUUAAUGAUAGCUCAUUAGGGGAAAUACUACUGCUUAUUGCUUCUGUCAAUCAACAUGCAAAGUUAAUUAGAAGGCUUGCUGUUCAAAUUGUAGUGAUAAGGCUUCAUACCCUUGCCUCGGAUGCCUGCAAGAUGUUACAUCACUAGUGUAACUUCAGACAUGUGUCAUCAUUCUUCAAUAUGACUUUAUAAUGUAUUUGUUAGUAUAUCUUGAUAUAUAUUAUAUUCAUUAUUGUAGGUACUUGUGUAAUAAUGUAUGUGUAUUAGGAUGUAAAUUAUUUGUAUGUGUGUGUAUUACUAAUACUAUGGUAGCGAUAGCAAUGUGGCCCCCUUUUGUAUGCUGAUUUUUUCUUAAUAUGUUUUUAUUUCUCUUGUAUUUGUCUUUGGGGUGUGCAAAUAAAGUAUAUUUAUCUAUCUAUCAUUCACCAUCAUAACAGCUAAUGUAUGACAACUUCUGGACAUAGACCUUUAACAGGCCUGAGCCACCUUCAGCCAGUGGCCCAAUUUUCAUGUUAUAUGAAAAUACAAAAAUGGUAGGCUUAAAACUAUUGAAAAAAUUGUUUUAAGAGCCAUAUAAAAGCCAGAACCCAGAUCUAGAAGAGAGAUGUAACUGUAAUGACUAACCAAAGCAAAAAAGGUUCCAAUUCAAAUAAACUUCAUUCAAAGACAAUAGAGUUUAUAAUAGCGAAAUUUCUCUGGCUUUAAAAAGUUUUACCAAAAGUUGUAUUUUUUAAUUUUACUUAACAAAUACUAAACUAAUUUACAUGUAUGUAUUUAGUGUUUUGUACAUUAAUUGCAAUAGUUAAGUAUUUAUUCAAGCAAAACUAGCGUCUGAUUUAUUAUUACUAAAUGAAUCUUGUAUAUUAUUAGCUGUGUAAAUAAACAUGCAAUGUUUCAAAGUAUAAUAAAAAUAAAACUCAAAAAUGUUCA